UAUAAAUACAAACAUCUACUGGUGGGUAAGUAAGAGAGAAAAGAGGGUCCCCUAUGAGCAGGGUUGUUGGGGUCAUAUUUCGCAAUACCACCUCAAAUUAGUACAAAUAUGUUGGUCUCAUACUUCUCCUCCUCAUUCAUGGCAUGCUUACAAAAAUAUGUACAAUAACAAAAAUAACUCCGCUGACCACCACAAGUUUGUUUCUUCAAUGACUAGUCCUAGAAUCUCCUUCUCUAAUGACUUCAUCGAUUCAUCUCAACAACAACAUCAUCAACAUAUGAUGAAGAAUGAUACAACGUCCUACUAUAGAGAUGCUCCUGUUUCCUCUGACUUUGAAUUCUCCGUCGCUAAUCAUUCUAUGAUUACUGGUGCUGACGAGCUUUUCUCUAAAGGUAGGCUUUUGCCUUUCAAAGAGAAGAAGAGUACUACUACUACUACUCUAAGAGAUGAACUCCUUAAUAAUGACGAAGAUGAUUUUACUUUGAGGAUACCCAAAAGUAGUAGUAGUAGUAGUAGUUCUACUAGGUGGAAAGGUUUACUUGGCCUCAAAAAAUCUCAUAUUGGGUCCAAGAAAAUCGACAAGAAAAAUGAAGAAAAGAGGUCUGAUGAUCUUGUUCAUGCCACCAACAAUUCCCAGCAGGAAGCAUACAAUGGCUCUGGUAGUGGAUCCAGUUGUAGGGAUAUGGAUUUUCGUUUUAAUUGAUAUUGUCUGCAAUGGCCAUAACAAAGAUUUUAGGAAAGGUAUUUGGGGAUGAAAAGGCUUCUGUUUUUUGGUUCAAUUUUGAGAGAAUCAUACAGAUUCUGAUUUAUAUGUGGUUACAAGCCUUGGAUUUUAAAGCUCAUCAUUUGUCCUAUGGUGUUCUUUCGUUUCAAUCAACUGUUAAAUAUGUACUAGUAUUACAAGUUGGGGGGAUUUUUAGAAGUUUGAGUUACAAGAUUCUCAUUGGCAAAUGAGAUUGUUGAAUCAUAAUUUUCAUCCCAAAAUUUCCAGAUGAAAAGACAGCUAUACUGCAUUGCGACUCCAUAAUGAUUGAUUGAGAAGGCGACCCCCACUGCCAUUUUCCCUUGUAGUAAAUUCUUGAUUCCAUUUUACUCAAUUCAAUAUGUUGACAUGCUAUUUAAUAAUUAAUACUUAGUGUAGACAAACUAUAGUAGUAGUAUUGUUCCUAAAUACUAAUACUAGUAUAGGACAUGACCAAUUGUUUCUUA